AUGCGUUCUCGAUAUCAAGGAUGCAUUGUGUGCAGCCUUGCGCGCCUACGGAAUAUGCUUGAAGUCCCAGAAGUCACUGCGGCGCGUCCAUCCAAAUUCGUUCUUUCGAGGCUGCCUCGCAAGACCGGUCUCCACAAAAACACAAGUCAGUUCUUUGCGUUCUUGGAAUUGAGAAACGGCCUAUAUGUACCGUGCGUUUUAGCUUCCAAGUGAAACGAGACAUCUGGUCAUUUCCUUGAAAUCUCGCGGAAUCUGAGCUGUCACUCAAGCCUCGCGAUAUUUGUUUGCCGUUGGCGGCUCUGGGCCCGUCCCUUCUGUACAGCAGAGCUGCUUCUGACAUUUGAAUGAAAAACAACCUCACAAAAGCGCAAAACGAUGGCUUCAGCUUUGGAGCAGUUCGUAAAUAACGUGCGGCAACUCUCCGCUCAAGGUCAGAUGACCCAACUAUGUGAGCUGAUCAAUAAAAGUGGGGAGCUUCUGGCCAAGAAUCUCUCUCACCUGGACACUGUUCUUGGAGCUUUGGACAUCCAAGAACACUCCCUUGGUGUGUUAGCUGUCUUGUUUGUGAAGUUUUCCAUGCCAAACAUCCCUGAUUUCGAGACCUUGUUUUCCCAAGUCCAGCUCUUCAUCAGUACCUGCAAUGGAGAACACAUCCGAUACGCAACAGACACAUUUGCUGGUCUCUGCCACCAGUUGACAAAUGCUCUUGUAGAAAGAAAACAGCCGUUACGUGGAAUAAGUAUACUCAAACAGGCCAUAGAUAAAAUGCAGAUGAACACAAACCAGCUUACCUCAGUUCAUGCAGACCUGUGUCAGUUAUGCUUAUUAGCUAAGUGCUUCAAACCUGCCGUACCGUUCCUGGAGUUGGACAUGAUGGAUAUUUGUAAGGAGAAUGGAGCGUAUGAUGCAAAGCCCUUUCUAUGUUAUUACUACUAUGGUGGCAUGAUCUACACAGGUCUGAAGAACUUUGAACGGGCACUGUAUUUUUUUGAACAGGCAAUAACCACUCCAGCAAUGGCUGUCAGUCACAUCAUGUUAGAAGCAUACAAAAAAUACAUCCUUGUGUCACUCAUACUUCACGGCAAAGUACAGCAGCUACCCAAAUACACAUCACAGAUCGUGGGGCGAUUUAUCAAGCCACUCAGUAAUGCUUACCAUGAGCUGGCUCAGGUGUACGCCACCAACAACCCAGCAGACCUCCGUGCUCUGGUCAACAAACACAGCGAGACGUUUACACGGGACAACAACACUGGCCUAGUCAAACAAUGCCUGUCAUCGCUCUACAAGAAAAACAUUCAGAGGCUAACCAAGACAUUCUUGACGUUAUCCUUACAAGACAUGGCAAGUCGAGUUCAGCUCUCCGGCCCUCAAGAAGCUGAGAAAUAUGUCCUUCAUAUGAUUGAGGAUGGAGAGAUUUAUGCAAGUAUCAACCAGAAAGAUGGCAUGGUCUGUUUCCAUGAUAACCCUGAAAAAUACAAUAACCCUGCAAUGCUCCACAAAAUAGAUCAAGAGAUGCUGAAGUGUAUAGAGUUGGAUGAGAAACUAAAGUCUAUGGAUCAAGAAAUCACUGUAAACCCCCAGUUUGUGCAAAAGAGUAUGGGAACGCAAGAGGAUGACGUUGGCAGCAAGACAUCAAGCUACUCCUGAGGAGACUGGGUGGAUCACUGCUUAGCCCCGCCUCUUUCCCCUCAUCCCAAAGCUGGAAAUCCUUCACGAGAGCAAAAUCAGUUCUGUUGAAUAUGGACUAUAUUGAAGGAAAACAUAAAUGUGGAAUGACCUUUUUUGUUUCGUCACAGUGCACCCUAAACAAGAACUCAUUUUUGUCAGUGUUUUAUUUAUCAAUGCUUGGUUGAAACGCCACUGCAUCAUUUACGAUCAUACAAAUAAAGAUACUGGACUUCUUUGUUCAAAAUUA